GAAUCUGUACUAUCGGUUACUAUGUUUUAUCGAACAAAACAAAAAAAUCUCCUACUACACGUGCAUGAUUUUCUCUGUGUUCAAUUCAGCUGUUAAACCUUGACAGUGAUGUCCAGUAAUGUUACAGAAGACGUCGGGGCUGUAACUUCAGAUGAUGCAACUUGGAUUUUAACAGCAGCAUUUGUUAUUUUUACAAUGCAAACUGGUUUUGGUUUAUUGGAAUCUGGAGCCGUCUCAAAAAAGAACGAAGUGAAUAUUCUAUCAAAAAAUGCAGUAGACGUUAUUCUUGGAGGUUUGUCUUAUUGGGUUUUCGGUUAUGGUUUGCAAUAUGGUAAAGAACCUGGCACAACGAUUUUCUGUGGUGUCGGCUACUUUUUACUGGAUUCAUCGCCAGAUGAAAUGGGUAUUAUUUUUGCAACUUUUAUUUUCCAGUUAUCUUUUGCAACCACAGCUACUACUAUAGUAUCGGGUGCAAUGGCCGAAAGAGCAAAUUUCAACGCUUAUUGUAUAUUUUCUUUUGUCAAUACCGUUGUCUACUGCAUACCAGCUGGUUGGAUUUGGGGAGAUCAUGGAUAUUUGAAACAUUUGGGUGCAUUAGACUUUGCGGGUUCUUCAGCAGUGCAUUUAGUUGGUGGUGCUUCUGCUUUAGUUGCAUGUUUGCUCUUAAAACCCCGAUUACGAAAGAUUGAAGCUAUGGGAGCUUCUUUACCGAUGGGAAAUUCUGGUAACGCAGUUGUAGGAACUUUCACUUUAUGGUGGGGUUGGUUAAUGUUUAACUGCGGAAGCACUUUUGGAAUUUCAAAUAAUAAAUGGCAUUAUGCAGGAAGAGCUGCUAUUAACACUAUGAAUGCAUCAUUAGGAGGAGGAAUCGCUGCCAUUUUCUAUACAUAUUGGAAAAAUAAGCAAUACAACGUCAGUGAUAUUUUGAACGGUAUCCUUGCUGCUCUCGUGGGAGUAACAGCUGGGUCAGCUUUUUUGGGAUCUGCUUCUUCAGUAUUAGUAGGAGCAGUUGGAGCAAUUUUAUCUUGUUAUACAACUCCAAUGUUUGAAAAAUUUGAUAUAGACGAUCCUGUAAGUGCAAUCGCUGUGCAUGGAGUAGGUGGAAUUUGGGGUAUGGCUGCAGUAGGUUUAUUCAUAGAAGAUGAUCCCAUAUUAGAGUUAUCAAAUGGACGAAAAGGACUUUUCCAAGGUGGAGGAUUUUAUUUGCUUGGAGUUCAAUUAUUAACUUGUUUAUGUGUUAUUAUAUGGAGUAUGAGUACUACCUACAUAUUUUUGACUGCUAUUAAUAAAAUUAUACCCAUAAGAAUGGAACCUGGAGAAGAAAUACUUGGUGCAGAUUUUGUGGAACAUGACAUUCGCCACGAUGGCUAUGAUUACGAAUUAAUGAUAAAUCAAUUGAAACUAAAAGGCCAGUUCCACGAAGUAACUUUCAAGCACAGACUUUCUCGAUCGCAGUGGGAUACUUAUUUAAUUGAUCGGUAUCUUCCAAAUGGACCAAAAAAUUUGAAGUUAAAAUAUAUAGCUUGGAUUGAUAGACCUUCUUCCAAAGCUUCAGAUAGAUUCUUACUUAAUGGAAAUAGAAGAGGAGUAGCUUGUAUCGUUUCUUAA